CGAUCCAUUUCGUGUCUUCGGGUAAGAGCUCUGCAAAUCUCGAGCUCAUAAACCCUAGAGGCAAUGGCGAAGCUCUUUGUCACUUUAAUUUUACUGCUUCCACUUCUUUGUAACUGUUUCUCCUCAGAGAACCCUACGGAUCGACGUAUUCUCGUAUUGCUGGACGAUUUGGGGAUCAAAUCCUCGCAUUCAAUUUUCUUCCGGUCUCUGCAAUCUCGCGGAUUCGAACUUGAUUUCAAGCUCGCAGACGAUAAGAAGAUCACUCUACAGAGAUACGGCCAGUACUUAUACGAUGGCUUGAUUCUGUUUUCUCCGACUGUUGAGCGCUUUGGAGGAUCAUUGGAUUUAUCUGCUGUUAUGGAUUUCGUUGAUUCCGGUCAUGAUUUGAUCGUUGCUGCUGAUGUUUCCGCAUCUGAUCUGAUUCGGGACAUCGCCACUGAAUGUGGAGUUGAUUUUGACGAAGAUCCCGCGGCAAUGGUUAUUGAUCACACCAGCUAUGUUGUUUCAGAAACUGAAGGCGAUCAUACUUUGAUUGCUAGUGAUGAUUUUAUUCAAUCUGAUGUGAUCUUGGGCAGCAAGAAGAUUGAGGCUCCCGUACUCUUUCAAGGAAUUGGCCAUUCACUAAAUGCUGCUAAUAACCUGGUGUUAAAAGUUCUUUCAGCAUCUUCCUCAGCAUAUUCUGCUAAACCUGGGGCCAAGUUGUCAAGUCCUCCAUCUCUCACAGGAUCUGCCAUAUCUCUAGUCUCAGUUGUGCAGGCAAGAAAUAAUGCACGGAUAUUGAUCUCUGGCUCUUUAGCUUUGUUCAGUAACAGGUUUUAUAGAUCAGAUGUGCAAAAAGCUGGAAGCUCAACCAGACACGAGAAAUCUGGUAAUGAACAGUUUGUGACUGAACUUAGCAAAUGGGUCUUCCAUGAAAGAGGUCAUCUCAAGGCUGUAAAUGUUCGUCAUCACAAAGUUGGGGAAACGGAUGAACCUGCAAUGUACAGGAUCAAUGAUGACUUGGAAUACUCUAUUGAGAUCUAUGAGUGGUCUGGAAAGAGUUGGCAACCAUAUGUGGCUGAUGAUGUCCAAGUGCAGUUCUACAUGAUGAGCCCCUAUGUGCUGAAAACUUUGUCGACUGACCAAAAAGGUCGGUACUUUACAUCUUUUAAGGUCCCAGAUGUUUAUGGAGUUUUUCAAUUCAAGGUUGAAUACCAGAAGCUUGGUUACACAAGCUUAUCUCUUUCAAAGCAGAUUCCAGUCCGGCCCUUCAGGCACAACGAAUAUGAAAGAUUUAUAACAACAGCUUUUCCCUAUUAUGGAGCCUCAUUUUCUACGAUGGCAGGUUUCUUUGUCUUCAGCGUUGUGUAUCUAUACAACAAAUAGCCAUAGAACAUGUCCGUUUGGAGAAACUUAGGUUGAGAAUGUGGAAAUACUUCCAUUUCUUAUUAACAUGUUUUGGCUGAAGAGGAAUCACACAAUUGUUUACAAAUUUUAUUUACAAAGAGGGUAGUUGAACCAAUUAAAUGCCUUCAACUUCCAUUUCAUCUUCAC